GAAAAUCAGAAGCGGAAAAGUGUUUUGAUGCUGCUGCGAAUGUUAGCUGCUCGAUUCCAGCCUCAUUAUCAUCGUGAUCACUAACAGAAUAUAAUGAAUCAAGAAAAGCUCGCCAAACUGAAGGCGGAGGUCCGGAUAGGUGGAAAGGGAACUCCCCGCAGGAAGAAAAAGGUUGUUCACAAAACGGCAACAGCUGACGACAAAAAACUCCAGGGUUCCCUGAAGAAACUGGGAGUGAACACCAUCACAGGGAUAGAAGAGGUGAACAUGAUAAAAAGCGAUGGGACGGUAAUCCACUUCAACAACCCUAAGGUCCAGGCUUCCCUGUCAGCCAACACCUUUGCCAUCUCCGGCCACGCUGAGAACAAGCAGCUCACUGAGAUGCUGCCAGGAAUCCUGAGCCAGUUGGGAGCUGACAGCAUCACUAACCUGCGCAAGCUGGCCGAGCAGUUCCCACGGCAUGCAAUGGACAUGAAAGCAGUCAAAGAGGAAAUUGCAGAAGAGGAGGAUGACGACGUACCAGAUCUUGUGGAGAACUUUGACGAACCUUCAAAGAAUGAAGCAAACUGAUGAAUCCUCCUUUUUUUUUUUUUUUUUCUCCCUCUGCUCUCCGUCAACCGUUUUUUUUUUUUUAUGUUUACCUCUUACGGA